AGGUUAGUCGACCGAAAGUGACGUAGAAUGUGAUCGAUCCAUCGCGGCUGAGUUCGACGUGGGCUUGGCCAAACACGUGGGUGUAUUUUAUAAAGCAGAUCUAUAGCCUAUAAAGUGGAAGAGACGAAAACGAGGUAUAAAGCGAGAAUGUCACUAAUAAUAUAUUGCGUGAGUACUAGUUAGAUAGAGGUAAGAAAACUCUGAACAUCCAAUGAUGAAAGACUAUAAAUCGUUCACGAAAUGUGCAUUCACUCCGUCACGACUUCGUCAAAUACUAGAAGAUUAAUAUAAACGGAAAGCGAAUUUACGUCUACACACUCGAAAUAAACAUGCGUGUGGCCGUUAUAGGAUGCGGUGUGGUGGGGCUGACAGCCAUCAAAGCCUGCAAAGAGGCAGGUUUACGGGUGGUGUGCUACGAACAGAGCGACGACAUCGGGGGUUUAUGGAAGUACAAAGAAUCCAACGAAGAAGGUCUGGCAUCCGUCACCGAAUCGACCAUUAUCAACACCAGCAAAGAGCUGACGUCGUUCAGCGACUUUCCACCCCCCAAAGAGUUCCCCAAUUACAUGCACAACGCCUUAAUGUUUAGAUAUUUGCAAAUGUACGCCGAACACUUCGACUUGGUUGCCGACGUAAAAUUCCGUCAUCGAGUGGUCAACGUGGAACAGUCGGAGGACUACGAUGCCACGGGAAGAUGGAUCGUCUCGGCUGUGAAUCUGAAGACCGGAGAAAAUAUACGGGACGAGGCGGAUGCGGUGAUGAUAUGCAACGGGCAUCACGCGUAUCCCAACAUCCCGAAAUUUCCCGGACAAGAGAAAUUUCGCGGGAGAAUUCUACACACGCAGGCGUACAGACGACCGGACGAGUUUCGUGACGGUAGAGUGGCGGUGAUUGGAACGGGAAAUUCGGGAGCCGACGCCGCUGUCGAAACUUGCAACGUGGCUAAACGGGUAUAUUGGAGCACUCGAAGAGGAUGUUGGGUUAUAAAUCGAGUAGGAAAAGGCGGUAAACCCAACGACGAAUCUUUCAUAACGAGAUAUUUCUCUAUCGGCUUGAGACUAGCGCCAAUAAAUGUGUCGUCUUGGUGGAUAGAAACAGACUUGAAUAGGUGUUUCGAUCACAAAGCUUUCCAGUUAAAGCCCGAGCAUCGAUUCUUUCAGCAGCAUCCCACCAUCAACGAUUCCGUUGCAAAUUGUAUUCUCAGCGGUAGAAUUACGGUUAAAGGAGACGUACAGCGAUUCGAAGAGAAGGGCAUCGUCUUCCAGGGAGAUUCGCACGUCACGGAAGUGGAUCACGUCAUCCUAGCCACGGGGUACGACAUUAAAUUCCCAUUCCUCGGCAAAAAUAUCAUAGACACCACCGAUAAUCGGGUGGAACUAUACAAACUGGUAUAUCCUACGCAUCUGAAACACCCGACUUUGGGUGUGAUCGGAUUGUUUCAAGCGAUAGGUGGAAGUUUUUCCAUUGACGAAUUACAAAGCAGAUGGUUUGUGCAGGUACUUUUAAAUAAAGUACCUUUUCCUAGCGAGAAAGAAAUGAAGAAAGACGUCGAAAAGAGAAAAAGACAACUGGAGACACGUUAUUACGAUUCUAAACGUCACACAAUCCAAAUCGAUUAUAUCAGAUACUCGGACGAGAUCGCGGAGUUAAUCGGAGCGAAGCCGAAUUUUUCGAAGAUGUUUUUUACGGAUCCGAAAUUGUUUUGGGCUUUGAUGCUGGGUCCGAGUCUUCCUUAUCAAUACAGGUUGCAAGGGCCACACUGUUGGGACAAAGCCAGAGAAACCAUUCUCGGUUACAAGCAGAGAGCUCGAUAUCCUUUGCAAACUCGUUUUAGGUCAAAUGACAAUUAAAGAAACUCUUCUCCUUGUAUUGAUGCGAAAAGUAAAACGCUUUUUAUAUUACACUUUAAUCACUUUACAAAAGUAUCUUUAAAAAUUUGAAAAAUUAAUUAAUCCUUUGUGAAAUAUGAAAGUAUGAUCAACUCUUUCCCCGAUAGAAUGUGCCAUCUUCGUUUAGUUUCAUUAACCCGAAACUUUCAUUUACUUUCUUCGGGUGUUGGCAAUUUAUUACUUGUGCUUAAAUACACACGAAAUGUAAUAUAUUUCAAUAUUUACUUGUUUGUCAGAAAGGAAGAUUCUGUGAUUUCAGCCCUGGACAAGAAGGCGCAGCCAUCGAGUCCUAUUGGCACAUAGUUUGCACGGAUCCUAUUGUUUGUAAAAUUUAUCGAAUAAUAA